CACAAACACAGGUGCCGGGGAGACAACGCUCGCGGAGUGACGAUUCCUGACUCACGAAAGUUUUUAUUACAGCGAAAACAAGCGUGAAAUACGUAAACGGAUACGAUAUUACUGGCUGAGACUAGAGUGGUACCUAACAAGACAUAUAGAAAUCAAGGGGUCGAUCAUAAAGUAAAAACCAUUAAAUAUAGAAGAAAUACAGCUCCUACAGAUUUACUUUAUCCAGCUAAGAACUGAAGAAUAAACAACCAUUUCGUUGUUUCUGGACAAAAUAAUUACACAACUGUCUCCACUUGCAAAGGUCUGAGAGUUUUAACAGAUUAACAACAUAGCCGAUAUAUUAGGUGUGCGUUUUUGUACAACAGACCUGUCUUGGAAAUCAUAGUGAUGUGGUUUUGCUAACAGAUUCUUUGUGACAAGAUGUUGAGAUAGUAGGAGGAGGAGAGGACUCUAUAUCUCCUUAGGAUCAGGAAUUCCAUGAUUGGGAGUUACCUCCCUCUAGUCUGUGAUAACCGAGGACUGCCAACAUGGCUAGUAUAAUCCGCAGACGGCGCGGUCUGCUCAUCAAGGCUCUGCUGACAAUCCCCAUUCUGUGGCUUCUCUCCAUCGUCAUAUACGGCGGGCCAAGGUGGAUUACCACUUCAGAGAACAAUUCGGAUGAUGCUCGGAACGUAAAACAAGAGAACCCUUUGCGGCCACCACCGGAUGUAAAAAACGAUUUAAAUUUUAUACAUGAUAAACAUCUAGGUGAUUUAAAAAGAGAUAGUGAAGUUAAUAGAAAUAUUGUAAAUAAGAACGACGAGAAUAAUGUUCGCAACAUAGAACCACACAUAGGAGAGGACAAGCCUAUGAUCGACAGCCGGAGACACGAGGAGAGAGGAGUGGAGAAAAUGAAGCAGCUGACAAGGACGUUUGAUCCGAAUGCUCCUGGUGAACAGGGAAAAGCUGUGACAAUAAAUAAAGAAACUCUUUCCGCGGAGGAAAGGAAGAAGUACGACGAUGGUUGGCAGAAGAAUGCCUACAACCAGUACGCCAGUGACAUGAUCUCGCUCCACCGGAGUCUGCCCGACGUUAGAGACAAGGAGUGCAAGGAUGAGAAGUACCGCGACAAUCUCCCCGACACCAGUGUAGUCGUGUGUUUCCACAACGAGGCAUGGACGGUGCUGUUACGAACAGUUCAUUCAGUUAUCGACAACUCGCCGCCACCUUUACUAAGGGAGAUCAUUCUAGUCGAUGACUUCUCUGACAUGGAUCACUUGAAGAAGCCUUUGGAGGACUAUGUGGCCAAGCUGAAGAAGGUGAAGGUUGUGCGCACGAAGCAGCGUGAGGGUUUGAUCCGAGCUCGUCUCCUCGGCUUCGCGGCUGCCCACGGCGAUGUGAUCACCUUCCUCGACUCACACUGCGAAUGUGCGACAGGUUGGUUAGAGCCAUUACUUGACCGCAUAGCGCUGAACAAAACUAUUGUGGUGUGUCCCGUCAUUGACGUGAUCGAGGACGACUCAUUUAAGUACCAGUACGGCAGUGCCAAGGCCACCAGUAUUGGGGGUUUCGACUGGAAUCUGCAGUUCACGUGGCACAGCAUUCCCGACUAUGAGAAAAACCGCCGGUCUAAAGAUAUACUCCCAGUCAGAUCACCCACAAUGGCUGGGGGUCUAUUUGCCAUCAGUCGGGAAUAUUUCAAACAUUUGGGAACCUACGAUCCUGGAAUGGAUAUUUGGGGUGGAGAAAAUCUGGAACUUUCUUUUAGAGUGUGGAUGUGUGGUGGAACAUUAGAAAUCAUUCCAUGCUCCCACGUGGGUCACAUAUUCCGUAAACGCAGUCCGUACAAGUGGAAAUCGGGAGUGAAUGUCGUCAAAAAGAAUUCCAUACGAGUAGCCGAAGUGUGGAUGGACGAAUAUAAAAAUUACUAUUAUGAAAGAUUUAAUUAUGAUUUAGGCGACUACGGUGACGUCACUGAAAGAAAGGAGCUCCGAAAACGUCUCAACUGUAAAAGUUUUCACUGGUUUGUGAAAAAUAUUUACCCAGAUCUCUUCGUACCGGGAGAAGCAGUUGCUUCAGGGGAGAUCCGUAGCAAGGCGAAGCCGAUGUGUAUCGACAGCCCAGUGGACCACCACAACUACCACAAGCCAGUCAACAUGUGGCCCUGUCACAACCAGGGGGGAAACCAGUACUGGAUGUUGAGUAAGGCGGGAGAAAUCCGCCGAGACGACGGGUGUCUGGAUUACUCGGGAGGCGAGAACGUCAUCAUCUACCCAUGUCACAGUCAGAAGGGAAACCAGGAGUGGCAGUACCGAGAGGAUAACACUUUAUUUCAUGUGAACACACAGAAAUGUGCUGAAGUGACAGUUGACGGGAAGAAACUGGUAAUGAGGCCGUGUACAGGAGUCGACAGACAGAUAUGGCAGUGGAAGAAAAAGCCUCCCAGUGGAUCGGAGAGACAUUAGAGCUUUCUGUACAAGUGAAACGUUGUGGGAUGGUUGUUAUAAUUAUCAUAUCAGGACAUACACACAUUUUCGUAACUGUUUGGUGGAUUUCCCAGCAAACAGCUGCUUGUUGCAUACUGAAUGUUCAGUAAAAAAAGAAAGCACCCAUUCUACGCAGGGUUCUGUGACAGACUUUCCUAAAACUGUAGUUAUAAAUUGCCAUGUCUAUGCAAGUGAUUUUUUUUGGUUUAAUUUGACCACAGUAACCAAAAACUUAUGAUUUGAAGUAUUUUCCUUGGCAUGAUGAAAUGUGAGAACUUGCAUUCCAUUAUUCCUCGAACCGUGAAAACGAUUCUGUAAUAUGAAUUGUUUAUUCCAUCGUGCCUUCGGUUAACGAUGCCUUGUAGAAGUGCGCAACUCCAAAGACAUUUUGUAAAUGCAUUGACAUAAAAUUGUAAUACACAGGAAUAUCUUUUGAUUGUUACCUGUAUAUUACCUUAAAGUCAUGUGAAUAAUAACAUGGAUCAUAACAAAGAACUUAAGUGUGCGAUGUAUACUUAAGAAUUAAAAAAAUAUAUAUAUAUAUUGUUUAUUAAACUAGCUGGAAAAGAAAUAUUUAGUGGUAACUUGGUGUUUUGGUGGAUUAACUCGUUUGAAAAAUAGUAAAGAACUUAGAGCACAAUGUGUACUUAAGAAAAGAUAAACAUUUAGGGGCUGGGUGGGAUUGUUAGUUAAACUAGCUGGUAUACUGGUGUACAGGUUGAUUUAACUACUGUCAAAAGUUGUUAUUUCAACCUCUGUUAUUCGAUCAGCCCAGGAAUCUGGAGAUGGAGAAAUGCCCCCCCCCCCCCCCCCCUCCAAAAAACAAAAACAACCCAUUUCAUUAAACAAUUAUUAUGCUAUCUUGAACUACCAAUUUCUUGAAAGAUUUGGUUCAGUCUGUUCAACAUGUAGAUGUUGAAGUUUGACUAAUUUGAGCAUUUCUUACCUACCUGGUUAUUGUCUGGUGGGUCGUACAAAUGUUGUAUGCACCACCAGGUAUUAGUUGCUAAAUGACAUCAUUUCAGUAAGUGACGUCAUCUUCCCCGGUCUCAGCAUUCACAUGUCUUAUUGAGCUAUGUUGCAAGUAGUUGUCAGAUUUUACCUUAUUUAAAGGUGGGUAAUAAAUCAAAUACAAAUUUUUUUUUCUAGAUAUAAUUUUCACGAAACUCAUGAACUUCCCAUAGUAUCUGAUCUCACGUUUGUUUGGUUAGAUACCAUGCGAAGUUAUGCGUUUCGUGAAAAUUAUAUCUAAAGAAAACUAGUGUCAUAUUCCAUAUGUAUGUCAUCAAUUUAUGUAACUAUUAGUAAACUGAAUUGAUGUUGUUGUCCAGUUUCAAAACAAUUUAAAUGUUAAUUUUACAAUAAAGUAAAGAUAAAACUGGACAAAAACAUGUUUUGCCAAGUUGUAGCUAAAUAUCAGGAGAUAUUAAGGCUGUUUCAAUUUUAUUUUUAAAAAAUAUUGAAAAUCCUGCAUUAAAUUGCUUUUUGACUAAAAUGAAAAGGUACCAUUGAGUUAAUGCCUUAUGAGUUAUUGUCAUAAUUUGUAUCCCCCAUCUGCUGUUACAUAGUGAUGUACAGAAAGGGAUUAAGAAUGACAUCACAUCCAUAACAGUGUCAUCCUUGUUUUCAAACAAAGUUUGGAGCAGUUACCUUAAGUCUUUUAUAAGACGUUUUGUGGGGCUUUUAAGUGAAAGGAAAACUAGGAAUAACUUCUUCUUUUUUAUUGUCAAUACAGGGUAAAAUAGAUUUUAAACCAUAUAGCUCAUGGUUAAUAAUUUUAUUAUAAAUUAACCUUUAAGAAACUGUAGUUUCCAAAUUCAUCUUUAGUAGCCAUAUAAUGUCUCCCAUAUCAAAAGAGUAUAGUCAUAGUUGUCUCCCAUGUCGGAUGGAUACGACAUGAUAUAAAAUGAGUUUAGAAUGGGAUCCGGUUAAAAUUUCCAACACUGUUUUUCUUAACACUGUAUAAAGGUUAUGACAAGCAUUACAGCAAGACAGUGGUAUGUUUUGCACUGUAAUCUUUGUCAGUGUGGGUUUUUACCAGUGACGUGGUUUUUGUUUUAUGAAUGUAGACAUUUUGCAAUGAUCUCAAUUUCAACAUUCACCUCAUACUUUAUGGUUAUAAGUUGUUUAGCGGGGCAAUUCUUUUCCUUGGUCGUCAUUUUUUAAUCCCAACUAACCAGGGUCCCAUCUUUAUGAAGCUGUCUUAGUGCUAAGGUUAUCUUAAGUGCAUAAUAACCUAAUGAACUUAAGACAAUCUUAGCGCUAAGAUCGAUUUGUAAAACUCGGUCUUGCUCAAUGGUUGAAACAUGUUUUGGGGUUGUAGCUGUUCCACGAGGGAUGUUAUCAUCGCCGAGAAGACUUGAAAAUAAAAAUUAUUCUUGUCUGUAAAUCUACAUGUAGAUGUACGGUACUUGAAAAAUGUACAUGUAUUUUCAUACAAAAACAAUAUCGAAAACAAAACAAAAGCUUUCUAAUUUUGAAAUUGAGAAAUUUGAUCAUUUGUAUCUGUUAGUCAUAGUACAAACCAGCUGUGACUCAAGAUGGUAAUGUGUAUACUGUCACAGUUUUGUCAAAAUGCCCCUUAUAGGCAUGUACAGAGAUACAAUUUUCAACCUGAUUCAGCAGUUUUGUCAUUUACUUUAUUGUUAAACUUCAUGUUGGGCUCAGUGUAUAUUUAAUUUAUUAUUUCUGAGUGCCUUUUAUUGGUGGGGGUUUUCAAAUUGAGGUGAAGCCAGUCAUUCUUUAAAUUAAUAGUUUUGAGUUGUGUAUUUAUAUGUGGCAAAUGCAUUAGGUAUUUCUUUGUCAAAAUGGCAACAUUAUAACAUCUGAAUAUUACCCAUGUCAAGCGAAUAAUUUCAUUGUUUGCUACUUCAUGGUCCCAGUACUUACACUAUACACACUUUUUUAUUAUUGCCCCAUGGGACAUGUCAGGUAUAAUAUUCAUACUGGCUUCAUAAUUAACAUAUAUGUAUAGUUUAUUUUUCUCUUUGCCUGACACUAAUUUCUAUACAAAGAAAACUUAACUGUGGACUUUCGAUUACAAAUGUACUUUAGCUGGCAUUACUUCAUACCUCCUGUAUAUGUGUAUGUACACUGUGUAAUAUUUAACAUUCCCUCAGCUUGGCAAUGGCUGGUUGCCUGUAUGACAUUCCACGUAGAAAUCUACAAAGAUCUAUAUGUAGAAAACUACAAAGAUCUAUAUGUAGAAAUCUACAAAGAUCUACAUGUAGAAAUCUAUAAAGAUCUACAUGUACAUGUAGAAAUCUACAAAGAUCUACAUGUAAAUAUCUACAAAGAUCUACAUGUAGAAAUCUACAAAGAUCUACAUGUAAAUGUCUACAAAGAUCUACAUGUAGAAAUCUACAAAUAUCUAUAUGUAGAUAUUUACAAAGAUCUACAUGUAAAUGUCUACAAAGAUCUAUAUGUAGAUAUCUACAAAGAUUUACAUCUACAAAGAUCUGCAUGUAAAUGUCUACAAAGAUCUAUAGGUAGAUAUCUACAAAGAUUUACAUGUAAAAAUCUACAAAGAUCUAUAUGUAGAAAUCUACAAAGAUCUAUAUGUAGAAAUCUACAAAGAUCUACAUGUAGAAAUCUACAAAGAUCUACAUGUAGAAAUCUACAAAGAUCUGCAUGUAGAUACCUACAAAGUUCUACAUGUAGACAUGUUUUCUCUUCUCGUUGCUUGAAUAGUGUAACACACACUAUAUAUUUUGCAUCCUCAAACUACAUAUAGUCAAACAAAAGUUCAUGAAACAUUUCUUAUUAGUAAUGGUGUGUGCAGUCUUGUAAUAAGUACAUUUAAUAAUGGUCUUCCAUGUUCAUAUCAUCAGUAAAAUAUUCAUUGGUAUAAGCAUUACAAAUUUAACAACUUAUAAUUGCAGUUCCCUUUCAAUGUUAAACUGUUAUUUUUACUCUGUAUUGAACAUAUGUGCCACGACCAUGUGUUUAUUGAUAGAUUCUCUAACCAAAGAAAACAUUUAAUUUAUGAAAAUAUUAAAUACUUUCUUUUUAAUUGAAUCUAAUUUUCAUUAUUUUUUAUGCAUUUUAAAUUUAUUAGUAAAUGCUGCCAAACUGUUUUUUCUUGUUCUCUUUUUAACAUAUUUUAGUUUGAGAAUGCAAAAGACAUUAGGAUGUCCUUGUUUCAUUUCCGGUUAAAAUGUUUUGUUAAAAUGUAUAUACGUUUUUGUACAUGUUUAUUAGUGUUGGACCAAACAAAUCCAAAAUUGUGUAUAAAUGUUAAAGAAUUCCAUGCAUUAAUAGUUUUUUUAAAUCACAUGUAACAUAUUGGAUGAUAUGUUGUGGAUGAUAUGUGUUUUGUGAUGGAAAAUCAGACAUGUGGUUAUAGAGUUUAACAUGCAUUUAUAUUUAUGAAAAUAUCUAUGCUAUUAGAAUCUUAUGUUUUUAAAAUAUGUGAUUGGUAGCUUUCCUGCGUCCAUAGCAGUGGGUAUUUUUGUUGCAUCAAUGCAUUUCCAAGGGUAAUGUUUCUCUUUUAUUCUGCUUGUGUUAAAGCUAUUUAUGUAUAUACAUCUAUAUUUGUAAAAACAGAAGAAAAAACAUAAUUAGCACUGCACAAGACAGAGGGGUUUAUUUUUAUUGCUUAGUGUGUAGAUAGACUUUGGUUACAGAUGUAAUGUCUUUCUGUUGAUACAUGCUAUCAGAUGUAUAUGUGGGACUUUGAUCACAAUGAGAAUUUUGUAUCAUCAGGUGGUUUCUUAUGUACGGUGUGUUCGUCUCUAAAGGUUACAAUGUGGACAUGCAUAUCACAAUGUUAUGUUGUUGUGAGUGUCAAAUACAUUCUUCCUUGUGAAGGACAGGGUCUGUGGUAUGUACUGUCCUGCCAGUAAAAGACUCCUUGCUUCUAUUCAGUAAGAGGACCUGUGUUACUGCUGUGUGUUCUCAUCUGACUUUUUAGACAGUGUUACUAUAGCCACAAUAGCCGUAUGUAGGUCACUUAUUUUCUGACUUUUUAGACAAAUUCUUAUAAUAGCCACAAUAGCCAUACAUAUAUGCUUGUCACUUAUUUUCUGACUUUUUAGAUGGUUACAAUAGCCGUAUAUAGGUCACUUAUUUUCUGACUUUUUAGACCGUUAAAAUAGCCGUAUGUAGGUCACUAUUUUCUGACUUUUUAGACAAAGUGUUUAAUAGCCACAAUAGCCGUAUGUUGGUCACUUAUUUUCCACUUGUGCGAUUUUUGGACGCAUCCAAGAAAUAUAUUCUAUGAACAUCAUUGACAAUGUUUUCGUAAGACCGGCAAGAUUUGUGAUAGUCAUGCGGUUUAAGGCCUACGAGCCAUACAUAGUUUAAAAUAUGCUGAGGUGUCCUCAAACAUUCCUUUCCUUUCUAUUGUAAACGGCUGUGUGUUGUAUGGACAAUAUCGGCCUAUAGCCACAUUUGAUAGUAACUGAUGUCAAACAUAUAAUAAUACCAGCCUUUGGUAUCGACAGUGAAAUAUUACAAUGCAAUACAAAUAUUUAGUCUUCAUUGAAAUGAUGAUAUAGUUUUACAACUGGUGGAGAAAUAAAAUAGUGUCAAUAGUGAAAAUUAAAUAUCAAUAACAUUUUCUUAUUUAGAAUAUUGCAUCUGUAUUUUUAGUCUUUUUGGUUGUCCUGAUGUUUCUUUACCUAAAACUGGAUUUUACUUCCUAAUAUUAUAUUUUUUUAAUGUAUACAAAAUUAUUAGGAGGUGAAAUCCAUUUUAAACUACCACAAACAGUAGUUUGACCAAAAACAUGUUGACAUUUAAUUAUAGGACCCUGUCCUAAAGAAAGAGAUUUCAAUAUCUAAGUUUCUUCCUUAAAAGUCUUUAUCAACAGAUUGCAAUGGCUGUAAAAUUUGGAAUAACCCUUUAACGAUUUCCUUAAUACUGUUGUCGAUUUCAAGACACAUGGAUGUGAAAUAACAACUUACAUCUUACAUAUUCACAAAGCUCUGCCAUUGUUGUCGCUUUAAAGACAUAUUUGUGAAAUCAAAAUUUAAAACUUAUAUAUUCAUAGUUGAAUGCCAUUAUUGUCACUUUAAAGAGGCAUAUUUGUGAAAUCAAGAUUUAAAACUUACACAUUCACAUAGUUGAAUGCCUAUUGUCAUAUUAAACAUGCAUAUUUGUGAAAUCAAGAUUUAAAACUUACAUAUUCACAUAGUUGAAUGCCAUUAUUGUCACUUUAAAGAGGCAUAUUUGUGAAAUCAAGAUUUAAAACUUACACAUUCACAUAGUUGAAUGCCUAUUGUCAUAUUAAACAUGCAUAUUUGUGAAAUCAAGAUUUAAAACUUACAUAUUCACAUAGUUGAAUGCCUAUAUUGUCAUAUUAAACAUGCAUAUUUGUGAAAUUGGGAUUUAAAACUGACAUAUUCACAUAGUUGAAUGCCAUUAUUGUCACUUUAAAGACACAUAUUUGUGAAAUCGGGAUUUAAAACUUACACAUUCAUAUUUAUGUGCAGAAUAUAGCAGUGAUGCCAAUUUCUACUGGCAUGUAUAAGAAUACAAUGCAGACAUCGAAAUAAGUCGAGAACGGUCGUUCAGGUUACCGGGAGGCAUUUCGUUCUUGACAAAAAUUUCAAGAAUGGUAGUGCAUUCCGGACUUCCACGUUUCAUUUUCUUGUAAGGAAUUGCAUCGAUGUUCGUGCGCACUUGUGCAAUUGCAAGCAAUUAUAGUCACUCCGCGUUUAAGCAGCAUCCACUGGAUGAAUUUAUUUCCGCGUUUCGUUUUCUCAUACCAAAUUGCACUGAUGUUCGUGGGCACUUGUGCAAUUUUGGCAAUCCGCGUUUAAGGCAACGCCCAUUAGAUAAAUUUACUUCCGGAUUUUGUUUCUUGUACCGAUGUUUGUGUGCACGAUACAAUUUCAGAACGACUGCGUAGUAAUAACAGGACUUCUAUUCUAACUUUCAUAUAGUUGUGGAAACCUAUAGGUUAGGUUUCCACGACUAUUUUUUGUGGUAACGUUGAAAAUGUUAAUGAUUUUGUCAUUUAAAUUUAUAGGUGAUUUUACACUAUCACAUUUAUUUCAUGUAAAUAUUUAUUGUCAUUUAACAUCAUAGUUGUUGGAACCGAAGGUAAUACAUUGGCCCCUCACGUUGGCAGGUGAAUUAAUACAGUACUGGCACCUCCAUUUGCUGGCUUCUUCUGAUGCCAAUGAAUAUCAAUAAAAGCAAGUUAUUGGUGUAAAAACAUUGUUAUAUCUAUGUGGGCUUCCUUGUAAGAACCAAACAGUAUUGUGCCAUAUUCAUCAAUAUCGUUGUUAGGAUAUUUGCACUUGUUGAGUUGGUCAGCCUUGUUUUAUGCUUACAUACCUACCACAUGCAGGUGUGUGAGAACUCGAAUGGGAAAUGUCUUAUUUUCUACGGUGGCACAGAACUGCCAUCGACAUAAUGACGUAAUUUAGGGGUACGGUUAGGUUUAGUUUUUACAAUAUAUUUGUGAUAAAUUUCCACAUUAUUUUGGCUUAAUUAUAUCAUUAUUUUUGACAAAAUGCCUAAAAAUAUAUAAUUUUGUUGUAUAAAUGGUUCUAAAUUAUGUCAGUUCUAUAGCACCAUAGUUUUCAUAAUGAACCAAAUGACAUAUUUGUGACCAUACAGUCAGAACGUUUUUCAGCCUGUCUCUCUUUCUCUCUUGGUGUUACAAUUAAUGUAUGGCUGGAAACAAGAAUUUAAUAACUAUUAAAACAAGAAUUUAAUAACCAUUAGUUCUUCUUUAAAUAAGUGAAGGUGGUGGUGGGGGGGGAAUAACCUUAUAGCUAAGGUUGACCAAUAAAUUAUUGACCAAAUAGAAGUAACUAGAAAAUAUAUGUAUGCUUUUAGUUUUUAAUAGAUAUAUAAUUUUACUGGCCUUUAUAUGAGACAUGAGACUAGCUCAACUCCUGCAGUUACGAAAAUGUCCAUGGCAAAAAAAAUGUCAUGGAGAAUUAAAAACUCCAGGACAAUCUCCUUUGCCGAUUGUCGUUGGCAGUUGCAGGCAGUUGCAGGGGUCGGCCCUAUCGGCUCCCACCCAGAUCGAGUUUUAAGGACUACAAUUAUAAGGCCCCUACACCAACUUCUCUCUCACUAACCACCAACAAUGAACCACAAACUCACUGUCCUCGACAGACAGCGGUGUGCACAGGACAGUGUGCUUGAAGAUAAAUUGAAAAAUGAGAAUACAUUUGGUGUUGCAAUAGAAAUGAAUAUUUUACUAGAACUACAUAACAUUAAGUGUUCCUCUGCUGAUUGUGGCUUAAUGUCAGUGUGCUAAAAGUCUGUCAAAUGAAAUGAAAUUUUAAACUCUGCACUGUCUAUAUUUCUUAAAUUCCUCUCACAUAUCUUGUGUGAUCAAAUUAAAUAUAUCAAGUACUAGUACUUGACUUGCAUUUUCAGCACGGUCUACUACAGUUUUAAAAUCUUCUCUAUCUAAUACAUGAAUACAGUACAAAUAUACAUUUUAAAACAUUUUUAAAUAGUAGUUUCAGUAUUUUAAACAUUUGGCUUCUUGUAUAUAAAUAUUAGCAGAGGUUGAUGGAAGUGAGUGGAUUUUAAAAAAGCAUCUUUCGUGGCUCUCUGUUCCUAUUUAGAACCGAAUAUUUAAUUUUUACGUCUAACAUGACAAUCUUUGUUCUUCUUAACAGAGCAGUAUUGACUUAAGCACGAGUGCCAGUUUUGACUGAUUACUGGUAUAGGAAUUGAUUUAAACCGGUACUGGUGCCACUGGAAUAGUUCAGUAAAUUAAGUCUGUUGACUUGUUGAUAAUAAAUACAUCAGUUAUUUACCAAUCAAUAAAAUAAAUACCACUUUUAUGAAGACACUUUCAUCUCAAGAUGAUAUUGUCUUUAAGAAAUUAAACAUUCUAGAAAAUUUUCAUGGAUUCUUUUCUUUCUGUUUUUAAAUUAAAGAUCAGUGACAUUUGCAUGACCAAUAACUAAUAUAUUGAUUUCUGUAGUAUAUAAUUAUUUGUGAGAUUACAUAUAAUCAUUUGGCAUAAUUGCAAAUGUAUUUUCCUGCAAUGUUAAAAAUGUUUCAAUACAUUGUACUUUUGAGAUUGGUCGCAAUUAACAUUUUCACCUACAUUAGGAGACAUUUAAAAAAAAUUGUCAAAAAAUUAAUCUUACCGAUUCAAAAUUGUUUACGGUAUAUACACUUUUAACAAUGGGUAGGAAGUUGCCAAAAACAGGAAGAGUACAAUCCGAAGUUUUCACAAAAUGUAGUUUUGCAAACAUAUCUCUAUUUAUGAAUGGUAGUGUGUGUUUCAGUAACAUUUGUGUUAUUAAUUAUAGCGAAUGUUAAAUGAUUGUAUAUUGUGCUGCUGUUAAUUAUUGAAAAUCCAGAAUUUACUGCUGUUGAUGUAUAAUUUUAUUGGCAAAAUAAAGUGCCUUUGAAAUAAAUGUGAUUUUCUA